AUGGGUAUAGCAUGCGAAACUGCUGACUGUGCACUAUGUGACAAAGAGGAGAUGGAAGACCUGAGUCACCUGUUUGUUGAGUGUGACUGGGCAAGAAAAGUAUGGAAAGAACUUACACUUCAAGGUGUUUGUUAUGGCGAGGAUGAUAUAACAGGAUCUUGUACAUGGUUCACUAUUUAUCUUGUAUUUGAGUAUCCAUCCAAUGGGACUUUAAGGGACUGUUUGUCUAAUUCCUCUAUUUCUUCUCUAAAGUGGCAUAAAAGGACUCAAAUUGCUUUUGACAUUGCCACAGGGCUACACUACUUGCACUUUUGCACAAUUCCACCUUAUACACACAUGAACAUCAACAACAAAAACGUCUUCUUGACCCCGAAUUGGAGGGCAAAAUUGGCCCUUUUUGGAGCUAAAGCAAGCAUUGGAGCAACCAGGGAAGUUGGAAGUAUCGGGAGUCUAGGAGGGUGGAUUGCCCCUGAACAUCUAGUACAUGGCUCGGUGUCUGAAAAAGUGGACAUUUUUGCAUUCGGAGUAGUACUACUUGAGCUCAUAUCGGGGAAAGAAGACGUUGAUGGGAAUUUCUUGAGGGAUUCAAUUAAUUUUUUGGGAGGGGGAGCUAAUGAGGGAGGAUGUUUUGAACAAUUGAAGAAUUUUAUUGAUCCAUGCCUUAUGGAAGAUUACCCUUUAGCAGAGGCAUUGUGUUUAGCUGUUUUAGCUAAAGCUUGUAUUGAAGAUGAUCCUCUUCAUAGGCCAUCGACGGAUGAUAUAAUUAAAGUCCUUGCAAGAAUGGUAUGA